GUCUAGAGUUUUUGUCCGCGGAGCUUUUUUCUCUCAUCAGAGAAAAAAAAAGUUAUCCUGUCAAUCACGACUUGAAUAGCACACCUCACCGCUAUCAAAAUGCGUCAAUUAACAGAGGAAGAGUUGAAGACCAUGCUGGGCAAGCUGGCCAUCUACACCGGUCGCUCAUUGAACAACCUCAUCACCUCCGAAGACGAGGGCGAUCGAUACGUUUUCCGACUGCACGGCAACCGCGUCUAUUAUAUGAGACUGUCGCUGGCCAACCUGGCGACGUCGAUUCCUCGCGCGAACCUCUUGACCGUCGGAACCUGCAUGGGCAAAUUCACCAAGACGGGCAAAUUCCGCGUCCACCUCACGGCCCUCGAUAUCAUUGCGCCGCACGCCCGCUACAAGGUCUGGAUCCGCGACAACGGCCAGAUGCCCUUCCUGUACGGCUCGAGUGUGCUCGGUGCGCACGUUGGACGAUGGAGCGAGGAUAUUCCGGAGCAUCAGGGUGUGGUGGUCUACAACAUGGACGAUACUCCUUUGGGCUUUGGAGUCACCGCGCGAUCCACGGCAGAGUUGAAGAAACUGGCCCCUACAUCGAUUGCUGUGCAUCGGCAAUCUGACCUGGGCGAGUAUCUCAGAGAGGAAGAUACCCUGUUCACGACAUAGGAGGAAUGAGGUGGAUUGGCAAGACAGAGCAUGGGGUUCGGAGGCUAGAUACCUGGGGAUUCUGUCGGAGUUUUGGAGUCGUCUAUCUGUUCAGCUAAAAGUGUCUCUUGUCUGGAUUUGAAAUUGAGUCUCUAGAUUAAGGAUUCCUAUUAGAUAUGGAACCAUCAAUAUUUGUUUGAAUGCCUGGAUACUAUAUCUCACCUGUGCUUCCAGCUUACUUCCGGUGGAUUGCUGUUUAUCAGGAUACUGGAGGAAAGAUUCCGGAUAUACCAUGAGGCACGUGACACUGCCAGACCCCCAAUCAAUCCAGCAUACAUAAUGGUGCAGCAUGUGCAUGGCUGGUAGCAAUGAAUUAAAUAGAACCCUCUUCUUAAUUGUGUGAUAUUCCUGUAAAACAGCCACGGCACCUACCAGUCUAUACACGACGGCAUAACCGCCCAACACUAAACGGCAACUGCGGGGCACGUGCAGGGACGAUCAGUCAG